AUGUCGAAUGAGAAUAAUCAACCCAAAUUGCUUCCCCAUCAUGAACAGAAGGAAUUAUGUACUUCUAGAGCACCGUACCGUCAGGGACGAAAGCUAACCGCGGUAAAAGUAUACACAAUCAAUAAUGAAUCAAAACACCUCUUAAUAUUCGGAGUACCAUCUUUGAAUCUACGUCAAGAAACAAAGGCAUUAUUCAUGAAAUUCGGUAAAAUUCUUCAGUUCAACAAAACUGAUUACCCAUCUGAACAAUUUACGGAAACAUUUCACGCUGUUUACGAUACCAUCAACUCUGCUAGAAUAGCAAAGAAAAUGUUAGACACAAAGAAUUACUAUGGAGGUAAUCUACACAUAUGUUAUGCACCAGAGAUGGAGACAGUGGAAGAUGUUAGAGAAAAAAUGUUGUUACGUAGAAAACAGGUGAUUGGUAGAUUGAAAAAUUUAGACAGGGAAGCAGAGUUAUCUAGACAGGUUAUAGAAAAUAAGGUUGAAGAACGCCUGCAUGAUAUAAGAGGGGAUAUUUUAGGUAAAGAUGGUAAUUCUGAAAGUAUUGAAAAGAUGAAUAUGGGUACUGAAAAUACAAUAAUUUUCGGUAAACGGAAAAUGGAUGAUAUAAAAAAGAAAUAUAUAAAAAAACAUAAACUUAGUGAUAAAAUUGUAAGUAUUAGUAAUUCUGAAGUAAAAUAUACCAAGACAAAUGAUAUUGUAUCAAAUAAUAGUAAUGGAAAUUCAGAGUCGGCCAUUUUGAAUGCGGGGCCUAGUACCACAGAUAAAAGACUAAAUGAUGUAGAGGUUAUUGAUUUCACUUCGCCUCACACGGAAGUCUUAUCAAAUAUAAAUGAAGCGUUAAAUUAUAAUAAUUUUGGUACAGAUAUAAUAAAAAAAGUACCUUAUAAGCCUGUGAAUAGAAUUAAGUUUAAUGUGAAUAAAAAAUCUUGA